GUGGCGGAAACAAGCUUUUCACUAAAUAACCAAUCAGAGGAUAGAAAAUAGAUGACGUAAUCACUGGGUAGGUCCCUCACCUGAGUUCCACUUGCUAGCAAGCAUUAGCCGUAAUUCUUUCAGGAAACCAGACGAAGGCCUCUGAUUAGUUUGGGGCGACUGAAACCCGAUCCUCCGCCGCUGUCGACUUCCCGUCUCGACCCGGCUUCCCCUUUCCUCGCCGCCCUCCUCGGGCGUGUUUGCGCUCGUCGGCCGUUGUCAAGCGCGUCGCCGCAAGGACUCGCGCGCACGGGAAAAGUCCGUUGGCCCCUCCCACUCCCCCACCGCACAGGUGAGGUGACAGAGUCCACCCAGCGAUGAUGUCAUCAGGUUCUGCCGAGGCGACAUGUCGGCCGUGACGCAGGCGUCCAGGCCGAGCGAAGCUGCGGGUCAUGUGACCGUCUCCUCUUCCUCCCAGGUCACUUCAUUAGACUCCCGAGACUCUCCGGUCCGAGAAUCCGGCCUCGCCGCGGCAACGGCGGACGCCGACUCGGCAGAGGAGGGUGAGGUCGAGGAUGAGGAAAACCGCGCAGAGGGGUCUUCAAACAUGGCAGCAGAGCGUCCGGUCACGCUGGCGCUGUCGUCGUGUGGCGGAGGAGAAAGGAGGCUGAAGAGGAAGGUUCUGGUGGCGCCGGUCCUGAGCGUGUCUUUAGGUCGCAGCGAGUCGGGCGACUUCCACUCGGCGUUCCUGUCGCCGUCUGCCGGGGACGAGGACGACGGCGGUCCCGACUUCGACCUGGACGCCAUGGAAACCCCCUCGGACAGCGAGUCUCUUCGCUUCCCGGUUGACGACCUGGAACUGGAAGAUGAGCUACAGGGGUGUAGCAUGGCGUCCAGCUGCGGGUCAGCCGUGGAGGCGGGGCCUAUGGGCCUGGCAGCCCUGGAGCGGGAGGACGUCGUGGACAGCCAGGGCACCAGGUGGCGCUCUUUCUCCGCCGGACCCGCACCGCACGACGGGCGGGUUAACAUGAGCGUGCUGGAACCGUUCCUCAGGGUUCUGUCGCACGGAGGUUACUAUGGUGAUGGGAUGAAUGACAUCAUCGUGUUUUCCUCUUGCUACCUCCCCGACAACACGCUGGAAAAUUAUCAUUAUGUGAUGGACAACCUAUUCAGGUACUUGGUGGGCACGCUGGACCUGAUGGUGUGCGAGAACUACGUGAUUGUUUUUCUCUGCGCCGGCGGUCAUAAGGACAAGCUGCCCGGAAUCGGUUGGCUCAAGGAAUGUUACCACACCGUCGCGUGGAGGUUGAGGAAGAACCUGAAGGGCGUGUUCAUGGUGCAUCCCACGUGGGCCAUCAAAGCGCUCAUCACCAUCAUCAAACCCUUCAUCAGUUCAAAGUUCAGCAGGAAGCUGGAGUUCGUCGACAGCCUCCGGGAUCUUUCCGCUCGGCUUCCCACCGAGCACGUGCAGAUCCCCGACUGCGUCAGAACGUAUGAUGACAGUCUGUUUGGCUGAGCUCGUCGUUGUGAUCCCCCUCCCAUCUUCCUCUUCCUCAUCAUCCAUUCAUCCAUCCAUUUCUAACAAUAAAUCUUUUUUUUUUAAAUCCUACAUCUGAUUCUCACAUCAACAACCAUUCACCCCAUACACAGCCGUGCCAAAUCAACCUAAGCAAAACUAAGAUGCUAACGGUUAGCAAUAUUGAGUCCAGGGUGUGUCCACUUUUGUGCUCGAGAUCCAAAUUAAGACAAGCAAGCUUGUUUGAAGUUGACACCUUUUGCUUGUCAAAAUCUGUUUCUAAAAUUGCCCAUCCGUCCAUUUUCUUAGCCGCUUAUCCUCACAACGGUCGCGUAGGUUUCUAAAAUAGUUUAAUACCAAAAUAAUUAUUCUUAUUUUAAAUUGUGUCAUUCAUCGUGAAGUCAUGAACUCAACGAGUGAUUGUUUUAAACCAUAGUUGGCGUAGUAGGAAGUUUUCAUCAGAAAAUACAAUGUAUUAUUUUUAUUAUUAUUAUUGUAAGAUAGCGUAACAGUUUGAACGUGAUCAUUGAUUUUAAAAAAAAAUCCUAAAAUUGCGAUUUACCUCAAAUGUACUGUAUAUGAAAGUAAAAUCAAAAUUGUAUUUGAAUACACUUAAAACAGUUCAUGAAAAAAGUGAAAUACAACAGAGCUGUGUAUGAAAAAUGUUUUUAAAAGGCAAAAAUGGGGCUGUACUGGAUUUAAAAAGUUUUAGAUACAUUUUUACGCACAGCUACAAAAUUCAUUCUAAUAUUUGAGAUUAUUUUUUGUAAAGUUUGUCUUAUAAUUCAGUGAUUCUUUCUCAUACCAGUAGGAGGAGCUAGCGUACCACUAAUAAAUUGUUUACUGUAUCUACUAAACUGAAACAAAAAUCAACUAUUUAAUGAAAUAUCCAACUAUUUACUGCAAAUUAGAUCAUUUUUACUUUUAUAUAAAAAACAAAAUUAAUGCAGACGGACAACAGAACGAAGGCCUCCGUGUCUUUUUUUUAUUAUACCCCCCCCCCCAAAAAAAACUUGUCUUCCAUCCCCAUAUAUCUAUUUUCUAAAAGUUUGUUCAUUGUACAAGCGAGCGGCGGCGCGCACCUUCGCCGCGUUUACGACGGGACAGGAAACACUGCGGCCAUUCAUAGCAACAGGAAAAGGCCCGAACGCGAGCGUGUGUGUGUGUGGUCAGGAAAGCGGCGGGAAGGAAGCGAAGUCUGCUGAGGAAAGUCCAAUAAACAGGAACACAGAACACAAAGUGCCUCAGUCCACUUCACUUCUUCUUUUUUUUUUUGGGUCUCAUUAGCGCUACGCUACGAGGCGUCACCCGGCGGCUGCACGCUCAAGAUAACGAAUGUGUGAACGCCCCCCCCCCUCCCCAAAAAUGUUCCCGAUAUCACAUUUUUUUUUUUACCACUAGGUCAGCAAUAACAAUUUUAAUGCUUGAUUUGUCAUUUUUUUUGUUCAAUUAAUCAGUAAACCAGAUAUUUUUUUCAAUUCUACCGCUAGCUAGCAUGAUAGCUUGCGUUAGCAUUUUCCAUCUUUUGCCCACAUGACGACAAACGAGGGUCGCCAUUUUCUUUGGCUUGGAUGACGCUAAAUGUGCGAACGCCCCCCCCCCCCAAAAUGUUCCCGAUAUCCCAUUUUUUUUUACCACUAUGUCAGCAAUAACAAUUUUAAUGCUUGAUUUGUCUUUUUUUUUUUGUUGUUCAAUUAAUCACUAAACCAGAUACUAUUUUUCAAUUGUACCGCUAGCUAGCGUUAGCAUUUUCUGUCUUUUGCUCACAUGACGACAAACGGGCGUCGCCAUUUUCUUUGGCUCGGAUGACGCUAAAUGCUCUGCUAACGUGCGUAAAAAUAAAAAUAUUAAAAAACAAAAAUCCAAGCACGCGCGAAAUUCAAACCCAGAAACUUUAAACCGCAAGGGAGGCAGGCUAACAUGCUAACUGCAUGACCGUUCGUUUGCUGCAGUUUUUUUUAAACUAGCACAGCCACUAAAACAUACUUCGAUGAUGUCAUCACAGUGGUUCCUACUCUUGUGUCACCAUGGCAACGCACACACAGUCACGGUUUCCUUGGCUUCAGAGGAUGUUACAUUUCCCCUCUGGAACUCGUCCCGUAAUCUGACCUUGAAUUAUCUUCUCUUUUGUCACCGACACGCACGCUCACAAUUUUAGCAGAUUUGCCCUCUGUCCAGCUGUUACUAAUUAAAAAAAAAAAAUUAAAAACUUAAGUCCGCAUGCACACACACACACACACACAUAUGCAAACUGAAAUGUACACAAAAAACACACGCGUGAAUAUAAUACACUCAGAAAAACACACACAAAUAUGCACAAAAUCACAAAUGAAAACCAACACAUUUACACAAAGCGAGCGCACAAACACGCUCGAGAAUCUAUUUCAUGCCGUUGUGCGGAACCCUUUCACAAUAAAAGCGGGGUGCAGGGGGAGCGUGGUUUUAUUCAUUAUUACAUAACCAGCAAGCGGAGCUUAGCUUAGCUUAGCAUCAGCGUAUGCGUGCGUGGCUGGCAUUACAUAAGCAAAACAUCGAGCGUGCGUGGCGUCACCCGAUCUGAAGGUCACCCUGAGCUUGUGUUGAGGUCAAAGUUCACUUGAAAUGAUAACGUGGUGACACAUUGCCAUGUUUUUUUAAAGAUAAUCUGUCAUUAGAAACCCACUAAAAAUAUUUAAACAUUUCCUGUUGCGUUAGCAUCCGGUGCCAUGUUUUUUUUUAAGACAAUCUGUCAUUCGAAACCCCCGCCAAAUAUAAUUAAAACACUUCCUGUUGCGUUAGCGUUAGCAUCCGAAGGGGAAAAUGGUGAUCAUGUGACCUGAGAGCACGCAAAAUUGCUCCAAUGACAGGUCAGGAGGCGGUCACGUGACCAGAAAGUCUUUUAAAGAGGAAGUGCUCCAGUGCAUCAGACCGUGACGUCAUCGCUCGGGUCAUGUGAAAGUCCUGCAAGAGAGCAAAGCAUCCUGGGAACUACAGCAUGGAAUGUUGAGAAAGGACUCGAAAGGGAUUGUGGGUAAUGGAGUCCAGUGAAGCCAUCCAAAGUCUGCCCUCGAGCGGCGACGUCGUUUCAUUGGUUUUGCUCAGGUUUGUCCUUCCGAGUCGGUCCAUGUUAGCGUCAAACGGGUUCUUGGAGAACGCCGGGUUUCGGAAGGAAGGAAGCCACGGGGCGAGGACGGCGCCCCCUUGUGGCCCGACGGAAUUCGGG